AUGGCUAUGCGGAGCCUUCCUGAGCUCUUCUGGCUGUCGGUGCUUCUGCUCUUGUCGAAUGUCGUCCCAGCUGUCGACGGCGCCCACCGCUUCCGGCACGAACUUCAAGACCGCCCGAUGGGGAUGGCCUCAUUCACCAGCAUAGGUCACGUCUUGCCCACGGCAAUGCGCACCAUGCCGGGCGUGAACCAGCAUGCCCCUGCCGCCCAGGAAUCUUCGGCCCCUGGAGGCCACUUCAACGUGCUUGCGUUUGGUGCCAAAGGUGAUGGUGCAACUGAUGACACCGAAGCGUUCGCGAAAGCUUUGAAAGCAGCAAGCGACGCUGGCGGCGGCCAUGUCUACGCCCCACCUGCUGAGUACCUCUUGAAGGGCAACCUGACAAUUCCCGGAGGCGUCGCAUUAAAGGGUUCCUACCAGGUAGUCCCAUCACAUGAUUGUCGAAGCGGACGCUGGGCGAACCUAACAUUUAACGACGGCUCGGUAUUGAUCCCAACUGGCGGGCGGGGUGUGCCUUGCGACAUCGAUUGCACAGAUGCUUUCAUUGCCGUGCAGGCGAACGGCGUGCUUCAGGGGUUCACCAUUGUCUACAAGGAACAAGAGCGCCAAGCCUUGCCUGUCUCAUACCCGUGGACCAUCUUCAUGAAUGGAAACAAUGCUGCGGUGACUGACGUCGAGCUACUGGGCUCCUGGAAUGGACUGGCUGCGGUGGGCGCUCACCGCCAUUAUGUGGCGCGCUUGCAAGGGCAGCCCAUCAACAUCGGCGUGUUUGUGGAUGAGACAUAUGACAUCGGUCGUCUGGAAGACAUCCAUUUCAACCCAUGGUUCUCAAGCAGUCAGCCUUUCGUGGGCUACCAGACAACUUUUGGCCGAGCCUUUGUCAUGGGUCGUUCUGACUGGUAUGUGUUCAACACAUUCGCAUUUGGGUAUGCCAUUGGGUAUCAUUUCAUUGAAAGGGCCAAAGGAAGCAUGAACGGCAACUUCUUGGGAAUCGGUAUGGAUCUUGCCACCAACGCAAGCGUCCAGGUUGACCAGAGCCAGGCCUAUGGGAUUUUGAUAACAAACGGGGAGUUCACGGCCUUUUGCGACAACGGUGGCUUCUGCCAGAGGCGCGAUGCGUCCCCGCGGCAUGUCGUCGUGGGGCCUGCCAAUGUAGGAGCGGUCAAGUUUGUGAACAGCGCUUUUUGGGGUCCUGCUGUACAGGUCGCUCAAACAGCCGGCGCUGGCACCGUUACUUUUAGCCAGUGCCACUUCGAUGCCUGGGACAACCAUCUGUCGUCAGACGGGAAGUCCUACACGCACAACGGCACUGCCGCCAUCGACCAGCAGGGCGGAACUUUGAUUGUGACCACAAGUGAGUUUACCGGCGGUUUUAACCGUCCUGCUCACGUGGAAGUGGGGGAGAGAGCUUCGAAGACCAUCUUCACCGAGAACAUCGUCAGAGGUGUGCUGAACGUUGUGAAGACCGGUGGCAAGGGCAAAGUGAUAGUCAGCAACAACGCUGAUGAUAGCGCCGAUGAUUCUAUAGACGAGGCAGUUGUCUGA